GGAUUGGUCGAGCCAAUUCUACCUGGACAGGUCAGAUCUUAUUAACCCAUGUGCAUGCCUAGCUCUAGCUUCACAUGAAAUGACAAACCUAGAGCACAGUCUCUCACACUAUCUCGAACCCAAAAUCUGCCAGACUUCAUCAAUUACGUUGUGCAAAGAAGCAUCCAGAUAUAUCGCACAUUGUUAAUCAUACCAACCACACGACCACCCCAUUCAACAAACAUGGCGGCCGGAAAGGACAUGCGGAGAGGUGAUCUCAUUAUUCCCUACCAAGUUCCAGCUGUAAAAGAAUCUCCCAGCGAUUUCAGUGGCACGUUAGGUAGCACUCUACCAAUGGCAGCAAUGUUCACUCGCAACAAGCUCAUCGGAUGGGCUUCGGUUCUUUUCGCCAUUCAAAAUUGGUUAGGUGAAUCUCCAGAGACGAGAAAGACCUCCUCCCAGCCGGCAUACUUCUCGGUGGGAAUGUCACUGAUGGCUCUUGUUAUUACUUAUCUUCCAAUGUUUCUCCCUCCACCUCCCGCUGCCCCAGUAGCCCAAUCAGCAUAAUAGUCGCAGAUUACGAAUGGAUCACAGAAGCAACUUCCGUAUGGACGAUAACUGGUUACACGGAUAGAAGUGUUCAUGGGGUAGAGCCCCUAUCGAGAACUCAUGGCAUAUAGUGCGCAUUCGAAGAGCGGAGACGAAAAUGAGAACGGUGAUGUCUGUAAUGAAUGGGGAUCAGGCGAUGAUAGAUCGGUAGGAAAGAGCGUGAGGGGAAAAGCCUGACAUUGUAGUCAAUGGUGACUUCUUCAAGUAUUAAUUAACAUAUUGGUAUUGGAGCAAGGGUUGAAGCAUUGGUAGGUGGUAAAUCAGCAAAGUGUACCAUUUGCUUGUACAUAUAAUCGACAUGGACUAAUUGCAAUCUAUUUUCUUUUCGCAAGUGUGUAGGAGUGUCUGUAGGGAAGUGAUUGAAUUAAGCUUUUAUGAAGACGAAUCAAUAUGCA